AUGACUACAAGUGCCGAGAUUAGUGUUGCCGCAGCUACUGCUGGUGAACUAAAUCAACCAAAACCUCGUUGGAUGCCUUUAGAAGGAAAUCCAGAAGUUUUAAAUAAAUAUAUAAAAAAUUUAGGUGUAAAGAAUGAUGAUUAUGAAUUUGUUGAAAUCAUUGGUUUUGAUGAAGAACUUCUUGCUUUCAUUCCACAACCUGUUAUAGCUGUACUUUUAAUAUUUCCAAUAACAGACGCACAUGAAGAUCGUCGUCAAAAAGAAUUCGAAGAAGCAGCUCAUACACCUCCGGAUUAUUCUCAAGCAAUUUAUUUUUUAAAACAAACUAUUGGAAAUGCAUGUGGAUCCAUUGCUGUUAUUCAUUCAAUUGCAAAUAAUCUUGAAAAAUUUCAACUUGAUUCACAUAAACCAUUGGCUCAAUUUUUAGAAACAACAAAAUUAAUGACACCUGAACAACGAGCUGAACAUUUAAAACAUGCAAUGGAUAUGGCCACCGCCAAUGAUACUAUUGCUGAAGAAGGAGAAUCUGAAGUUAUCGAUAGAGAAGAACAUGUCAAUUUACAUUUUGUAUGUUUCGUUAAUGUUAAUAACGAACUUUAUGAAUUAGAUGGUCGACAUCCACAUCCAAUUAAACAUAAAGCUAAAGGAGAACAAGGACAAACACUUGAUUUAUUACGAAGCACCAAAGAUAUAAUAAUGAAAUUAAUUGACAAUGCUGGCGGAGAUAUUCGUUUUUCAAUGAUGGCUUUAACAAAAAUAGAAUAA